GGGGUGGCAUUCUGGCGCGCGUUAACUGGUAAAGUGGUAACCACUUCUGUUACCGCUCGCUACAACUACCAUUUUAUCACUCACGCAUAAUAUAUACAUAAUAAUACAAUUAUUAAUUAUUAAUUAAUAAUUAUAAAAUAUAAAUUAUUAAUAAUUAAUUAUCAUUUAAAGUACUAUUGUACGAAUACACGAUAAAGUGAUAUAUACCUACCUAGGUAGUGUAAAAAUGCAUUUGUAAAUUUGAUCUUAAUUUUAACACGAUUCUACGCGGAGUGACUGAAUAAAUUUCACUCGACGAUUGCCUCUUUACUCUUUAGACUGAAAAAAAAUCUUUCUACUAUACUCCACUACUGCUGAUGCCGGAGGACGAGGACUAGAGCCGAGCUAGUUCAUUGGAUAAACUUUAUUCCGGUUAUUAUCUACAAACCCAAGUCUCUAGAGAUUGCCCGUCAUGUCUUGACAGAUUUGUCAUCGCCGUGGCUCAGAGGUUUGACUUUUAAACACGAUGGACGACAUUGCAGAACCAGUUAAAGCAUUCCUAGAAACUAGCCAAAACUAUGUUAACGAUAAUGGUCUACAAACUACGAUCGACGUCCUAUUUUUUGACGACAGUUCUGUGCUGCCGAAUACUAUAUCCCACUUAAAUAGCAACUCAUUGUGUAAAGACGAAGCUGUAAAUACGCCAUUGCCCUCUGAUACAUCUCAUUUAAAUGGUGACAAAGCUGUGAAUACACCAUUGCUGACUGAUAUUUCUCAUUUAAAUAGCAACUUAUUGAGUAGCGAAAAAGCUGUUAAUACACCACUUCUGUCUGAUACCUGUUAUUUAAAUGGCAAAGAAUCUGUGAGUACAACACGGCCCUCUGAAACAUCUCAUUCAAAUAGCAAAGAAUCUGUGAAUUCACCUCUGCCCUCUGAUACAUCUCAUUUAAAUAGUGACGAGACUGUGAAUAUACCUCUGCUUUCUGAUCCAUGUAAUUUAAAUAGUGACGAGACUGUGAAUACACCAUCUCUGCCUUCUGAUACAUGUAAUUUAAAUAGUGACGAGACCGUGAAUACACCUCUGCCUUCAGAUACAUGUCAUUUAAAUAGUGACGAGACUGUGAAUAUACCUCUGCUUUCGGAUACAUGUCAUUUAAAUAGUGAAGAAGCUGUGAAUUCACCGCUGCCUUCUGAUACAUGUCAUUUAAAUAGCAAAGAAGUUGUGAAUUCACCGCUGCCUUCUGAUACAUGUCAUUUAAAUAGCAAAGAAGUUGUGAAUACACCGCUGCCUUCUGAUACAUGUCAUUUAAAUAGUGAAGAAGCUGUGAAUACACCUCUGCCCUCUGAUACAUCUCAUUUAAAUAGUGAUGAGGCUAUAAAUACACCGCUGCCUUCUGACACAUGUGUGGAUGUUUUUGAUUCAUUAUUAGACAAACCCGCCAGUACUAGUACUAAGCAAAUUGAAGAUUACAAGAUCGGUGAUAUUGUUUGGGCUAAAAUUGGGAAAUAUCCAUAUUGGCCAAGCAUUAUCUGUGUUGACCCAACGUUGAAUAUUCACUAUAAAGAAAAAAAGAGAUUCUUGUGGCAUGUCCGCUUUUGUAAUGAUAAAGGUAGAAGAAGUUGGGCCACAACUACUGAAAGUUAUUACGGAAAAUGUGAAUUACUUUCGAAGUAUCCUACUUGUUUAUCUUACUUUAAGAAUAGUAAAAAACUUAUGGAUACGUGGGAUUUGGCAGUUGAAGAAGCUGAUAAUUUGAUGAAACUUGAUAGAGAAUUGAGAAUGAUAGAAUUUUUCAAAUCAUUUUGUAAUUCAGAUUUGGUUACUCCACCUGUUUUAAAUAAAUCAUCUGAAAGCGCUGUUACUGCUUUAAAAGUACGUACUUAUUCAAGAAAAAGAUCUCUAACAAUUCCUGGACAUGAUAAUGAUUCUAAAAUAAUGAAGACUGAAAACAUAGCUGAUAAUUGUUCAUCAUCAAGAUCAAUAGACAUUCCUCUACUGUCAAGAUCAGAUGAUGCAGAUAGUACUGUUUCCGAUUUUUCCAUGAGUUAUACUUUUAUGGAAGAUUUAGGUUUAAAAGCUAAACAGGAAACUGCAAAAAAAAGAAGAUCAACAAAAACAUAUCCACCAAAAAGUUCAGUUACCAAUAAAUAUGAUUUAUCUUAUUCAAUAGUAAAUUCUUCAGAAAAUAAUGAUAGUAAUGGUGUAUCUGACAAUCAAGAUAAAUACCCAGUUACAACCACAAAAUCUUCUACUCGUUCAGUACCUGAUCACAGGAAACUUGAAAUAAGCAUAUUAGAAGGAGAAUAUGAUCAAGAUAAUAUUAUUUUUCCAAGUACUCGUCGUUCAAAAAAAAAAAAUACAAUAUAUAUAAAUACCAAAUCAAAUAAAGAAAUCAAUUCAAGUAACGGUGAUCACACUAUACGUUUACAAAGUUCAUCCAGUUCUAAGAAAACAGUUACUAGAAAAAAACGUAUUGGAAAAGAAAACUCUACUGGAAGAAAAUCGACUUCCAUUAAGCAUGAAAGUAGCCCAGAACCAGAUACAACAGAAAGUGAAGCUUCUUCAAAAAAUGAAACAUACAGUUCAGUUUUCUUAACCAGUUCAAAAAACAAACAGUUGUUUACAAAAACCUGGAAAAGAGCAUGUGUAGUCUGUAAAAAUAUCAAAGACACAGUGAAAUGUCUGGGCCCAUGUCAAAGUUAUUUUCAUAAAGAAUGUUUAAAUAAGAGUGAGGAAAGAUAUACCAAAAGUAUACCAAUAGUGACUAAAAUGAAAAUAAAAAAAACGCCUGGUCGACGUAAAAGACAUUACUCAAAAAUCACACAGAAAAAUGAAAGUUCUGUUGAUGAUAAUUCUCAACUUAUAAAUAACGUAAAAGAAGAAAAUACUGCUAAAUUAUUUAUACAAGACGACAUUGUCAAAACUAAUGGCUUAAGGACUUUAUCUCAAACCCAAUGUUCUAGCUAUAAUAAUGAAGAAACUAUAUCGCUUAAUCAAAUUGAAUCCGAUGAGCCAUUUAAAAAUGACAAUUGCAUUCUGACUGAGAAUGAGAAUCCUCAAAGUGAGUUAGAAAGUAUGAAUGAAGAUUCUAUUCAGGGAACAACUGAUGAAAAAAUUGUUACUCCAAUUGUACCAAUUGAUGAAAAAAUACCAUUAGAAAAUUUAAAAUAUAUGUGCAGCCUAUGUAAAGCUGAUAAAACAAACUGUUUUGUGUGUGGCUUGAUUAUUGACGAUCCUGGACAAAAGAUUGCCUGUAAAAUAUCCAGCUGCGGAAAAUAUUUUCAUGAAACUUGUUUACAAGAUUGGCCUCAAUGUCAGUGGAUUCAAGGGUCACGGAAUAAUGUUCGAUCUGUAAUAUGUCCACAUCAUGUUUGUCAUUUGUGCAUUUCGGACAACCCUAAAAGUUCAUGUAAAACUCAUUUUCCCGCUGAAAAAAUAACCCGGUGUAUUAAAUGUCCAACAGCCUAUCAUAGAAGUGAAUACUGUUUACCAGCUGGUUGUCAAGUCUUAACAUAUAAUGAUAUUAUUUGUAGUCGACAUUUUGAACCUGUUAAAGUGCAAAUUUAUCAUUAUAAUGCUACCUGGUGUUUUAUUUGUGCAUUCGGAGGUGGUUCUUUAGUUUUCUGUGAUUUGUGUCCAUCUUCAUUCCACAUUGGUUGUUUAAAUCAGGACCCAUCAGAAUUUGAAGGAGGUUUUACUUGUGAAGAAUGUCAAACUGGACGAUUUCCUCUUUAUGGUGAAAUUGUAUGGGUUAAGAUCGGAAACUAUAGGUGGUGGCCAGCUCAAAUUAUUUUUCCAAAUGAAGUUCCUGAUACCGUAAAUGCAAUAUCACAUUCUGUUGGACAAUUUGCUGUUCGAUUUUUUGGAACAUAUGAUUAUUAUUGGGUGAAUCGAGGACGAGUAUUUAAUUUUCAUGAAGGGGAUGAUCAGAAUAUUUUAAGAAAAAAUAAUAUGAAGUUUAUAGAUAAAGUGUUUCAAGAUUCUAUUUUAGAAGCAGCUCAAGCACAUAAUGCUUAUAUUUUAGAAAGGGAAAAAAAUGAUGCUAUAGUAGCAAAAUCUUUUACAAAGCCUCCAAAAUUUACAAGAAUAAAAUUCAACAAACCUAUUGGCAAUGUCAAAAAUAUGGAAUUUGAUAUUACCACAAUGACUCCCUGUGAAUGUGAUCCUACAAAGCCAAACCCAUGUGGUCCAGGUUCUGAUUGUAUAAAUAGAAUGCUUAUGUUUGAAUGUGAACCAAAAGUAUGCCCUGCUGGAGAUAAAUGUAAUAACCAAAGAUUUGAAAAAACAUUGUACCCAGCUAUGGUUCCGUUUUUGACAAAAGGUAGAGGUUGGGGUCUCAAGACAUUAGAAGAUAUAAAAGAAGGUUCAUUUGUAAUUGAGUAUGUUGGUGAUGUAAUUGAUGAAGAAGAAUUCCAAAGGAGAUGCUUGGAAAUGCAUCAAAGGAAUGAACAAAAUUAUUAUUUUUUGACUAUAGAUAAUUCUAGAACAAUUGAUGCUGGACCAAAGGGAAAUUUAUCAAGAUUUAUGAACCAUUCAUGUGAACCAAAUUGUGUAACACAAAAAUGGACAGUAAAUGGAGAUACUAGAAUUGGACUUUUUGCUUUACAUGACAUUCCAACUGGUACAGAGCUGGUUUUUGAUUAUCGUUUGCAGAGUUGCUCUGGAGUAGAGAAAAAACCUUGUCAAUGUGGAGCCACAAGAUGUUCUAAAUUUAUUGGAGUCAAAGUGGAAGAAGAGAAAAAGAAAGUAAUUUCAAGUAAUGAUGUUGAUAAGUGCAAGGUUUCUUCAAAAAACAAACGAAAACCAUUGAAACUGAAGGAUAAUGUUUCUGAUUCGGACAAGUCAAAAUUAUCUAAAGUGAUUAGUAAUGAUCAAAACAUCUCUACUACUGAAAAUAAGGUAUCUAAUGCUGAGAAAGUUGUUCUUUCCAAAAAAUCCAAAUCGAAAACAUCUACUAGCAAGCCAUCUACUGCCUUAAAAAAUUCAAAUUCAGAUUCCCCAGAAACACCUGCUGUUGUAAAAAGGAAAUGGAAAAAUUCAGCUAGGAACAUCGCCAAUAUGACCAAAGAUGACAUUACAGUUGAUGAUUCUAUGGAAUCUGAAGAAAUUGUUAGUUUCAAAGGAAAGUUAAGGAAUGGUUUGUCCAUGCUUUCUUCGAGAAAACUACCGAUAAAAGAUGAUACAUUGGAUACAGAUGAUUCUAAUAUAGUAAAAAAGGAACGGCAAUUCAACAACUAUAAAAAAAAAAAUCUAAUCAAACGCAAUUUUUUACCUCUGCCAUCACCUACCCUAGUCAAGAUAUCAUCAGCUACAACUUCAUAUUCUUCUGAAAAAAAAGGCAAUGAUAAUGAACCUGAAAAAUCUACAAAGCCUCAAGAAAAAACCCGAAACAAUUUAACUAGACUGGCAAAAAGUCGACAUUUAUUUUUAUCCAAAAAUGAUAUGAGUAAGGAAGCAAAAGUGCAGCCUGUUGUGUCAAAUAUAAAAUUCAACAACGGAAAAAAAAGGUUAUCAAAAAUCAUAAAAAAAAGUGAGGAAACUUUGUCCAGGAAAACUGUUGUAAUGAAGAAAACUAAAACAAAUAAAGGAUUCUUACAGUCCAAAGCAUAUUACAAAAACAAUUCUUGUUUAAUUUGUGGAAAAGGUCAUACAGAACUAUCAUGCAAGAACAAAAAGUGCCCUAGAGUCUUUCAUCUUAGUUGCAUUAACAAAACUAGAAUUGUUAAAUCCGGAUUCAUUUGCCCUUCUCAUUUCUGUUCUCUGUGCAACAAACGUAAAGUAGUAGCCAAAUGUAAAUUUUGUGUAGAAUCGUUUUGUGCUGUGCAUGCCAAAGGUAAUAUAUUUAAAGAUCCGUUGGGCAAUGGUAUGUUGUGUACUACUCAUCAUCCUAACAAAAAAUGUUUGCCAAUCGUUAGUAAUCUAGUGAUUCCUGACCUAAAUGCUAGCAGCAAAGUAAAUAUUAUCAAUAACAAUGCGGAACGCAAUGAUUUUGUGGAUCCCAGUUUUAAUAUUGCAAUAUCAGAAGACUUGGAAGAUAUUGAUGAUGAUUCAUUGAACAUUAAUAUAGAUGGAAUGAAUGAAGAAGAAUAUACACAGUCACAGGUUGUCAAGGAUGAAUGCGAUCGUGAAUAUAUACACAUUGGCGGGUUCAAUGUAUGCAAUAUGUCUGAUUUGGUCUCAGAUCAAGGAGGAAGUUACACACCGCCGCUUGAUACCGAUGGUGAUCUAUUUAAGCCAUCAUUGGCUAAUGUUGUUAUUGACAUAGAGUCUGCAUCUGCGUUUUACCAGCCUAUGGACAACAUACAACUAGUGUCAAUUGCUACUGAUAACAAAGAUAGCCAUGACUAUGCUAAUGUAAAUUUUAUAACUGACACCAAUCAACCUAAAAACAAAUGGCUAGCAGCUGAACCUUAAAGUCAUGAAGUCAAGUAUCUGUUGUUUUGUUAAUCUUUUAAUAAAAAAAUAUCAAUUUAAUACUCCCUUUCCAAAAACGUCAG